AUGGCGACGACUCGCGCCCUCGGUCGCGUUGCGUCUUUGUUUCCUCAUAUUGAGAAAGAUUGGUGGAAAGAUGCGUAUAAUGAGAUGUAUCUUCACACCGACGGUGACUGUGUCGAAGAUUCUGCAAUCACCGAGACUGAAUGUGCGGAGCUCCUCGAAAUAAAGAGUGUGCAGCAACUAUUCCAGAAGGAAUCUGUCGAGGUAUUGGAUCUAUGCUGUGGUCAGGGGCGGCACAGCAUACAUCUUGCCAAGCAAUACCCCUCUUUGAGUAUUCAUGGCAUUGAUCAGAGUGUUUACCUUCUUGAUCUUGCCAAGGAGCGCGCGCUAGCCGAGAAUGUGCAGGAUAACAUCAAAUUUCGUGAAGGAGACCUUCGCCAAAUCCCUGCAGCGGACAAUUUUUUCGAUGUGGUCAUUCUGCUCGGAAACUCUUUUGGACACUGUGGCGAUGAAGGAGAUCUGCAGUCACUCCGUGAGGUCUGUCGAGUGCUCAAACCAGGAGGAAUAUUUAUUAUCGACUAUGUCGAUGGAUCCUGGAUCAGAUCAAACUUCAACCAAGGUGGAUGGGAGUGGCUGGAGGGCGAGGGAAAAUUGCUCGCUUGUCGGGAACGCGAACUCUCUCCGGAUCAGACUCUACUCGCCAGUCGAGAGAUUGUGAUUGACUUGGAUGGUCCCUCGGUCCUUCAGGACCUUUUUUACUCAGUGAGACUUUAUGACCUGGAAGAAAUGGAUGAUCUUCUAGCAAAAUCAGGGCUAUCUCGUCAAACGGACGAUGGAAAACAGCUCAUAACGCCAAAGCGGGAUGGUCCGGUCGACUUGGGCAUGAUGGAGCGCAGGCAACUAGUCGUUGCGCAGAAGCCGAUCGGAGCCAACUCGAGCACUUCGAAGCACGAUGGGCAAGUCUACUUUCAUCCGAAAUUAAGACAAGAAAACGAUUACCAUAAAGGAAGGUAUACCCGAGUUUCUGAAUUUGUCCCGGCCGGUACAAUGAUUAUUAUGGAAACACCAUAUGCACUGGUGCCGUCUCCUGACACAUUUGAGCCUGAUGCCACCAUUUGCAGUAAUAUUGAAUGCAACCAACGGCUGCCUCAACACAAAGAACGCGUGCAUUGUCAACGGAAGUGUAUACAGGAUGUUGCUUGGUGCAAUGAUCGUUGUCGAGCUGCAGAUCAGGACCGACAUGCUUUUGAAUGCGCUUGGCUGAGGAGAUGUGGAGAAAGAAUCCGUGAAACCGAGGGCCAGUACGAUUUUGCUAUGCUUUGGAUAGUUGUACGGCUCCUAGCUGGACGACAUCUCGAAAUGGCAACCGAAUCCAAGCCACGAGAGCACUAUGUCCACGAAAAUUGGUUCACAAGGGGAUGGAAGUCUAUUGAGAAUCUCACUGGUAAUGCGGGCCGAUGGCCUCAGACAAAGAUUCAGCACUGGAAUUCGCUGGUGGAAAAAUACUUUGGCGAAAUUGACCGGUCAAACCUCACCAUCGAUGAUGUAGUGGGCAUUAUCUCUAAGGAAGAGUCAAACUCAUUUGGACUUUACCCAAGAGCAACUGGCAGCUGUCCUUUAUUGGGGCCACCAAUCGAUCGCGGCAAGGAUUAUGGGAUUGGGGUCUAUCCCAUGAUCUCUCUGAUAAACCACUCUUGCAUCCCAAAUGUUUCUUGGGAGUCAGAUGGCAAAGGAAGAAUGAUUCUUACUACUUCGCGGGAUCUUAGAGCGGGUGAAGAGUGUUCAAUCUCCUAUUUCGAUCUAUGCAAGUAUGUCGAUUUCAACACACGUCAGAGCCUGCUACGAGAAUACUUCUUGUUCUCUUGCACCUGUGAGAGAUGCAAGACUGAGAAACUCAAUGAUAGUUCAUAG